ACACUGACGCUCCGUGCUGUUAGAGCUACACUCAUUCUGCUGUGCCAGCCUCACACACCAGCCUCACGCUCUUAUCAAGUGCUGGAGAGGGUCACAUGACUACAAAAUGGUGGAGGCUGUCGGUGGGUGAGCCGAGCAUCUCUGUAGCUGCACAGAGGAACGGAGAGAAACGCAGAAGACUCACACACACACUCAUGAUCUCUGAAACCUGGAGCAGGAGCGAGAGAGCUUGAAAGGAAAGGAGAAGUGUGUAUCAGCAGUGAUCCCCCCUCCCCUUUCCCCCCGGUGAUGAGGGGAUGGAGCAGCCUUCUGAACACAAGAUGAGCUCUGAGGGGGCAGAAGGCCGACCAGCUCCUCCCACUAGUCUGCCACUAAAGGGUGAUGGAGGCGGCUCUCAACGGAAAAAGCUGUCCGCCCCUCGGAUCAGCCUCUCGCUGGAUCAAAGUGAAGACGACCUGUUCGACACCCCUGAUGACCUAGACAUUAAUGUGGACGAUUUGGACACACCUGACGAAGCUGAUGUCCUGGACUACACUGAUCACGAGUUGGACUGGGAAGAACCUCAGGAAUCCCAGAGAGCUCCAGUGAAGCAGGAGACCGAACCCGUCCCUACAUACAGCUCAGAGGAGGAGCGACAGGACUCCAAACUCUGGAGGACUGUCAUCAUUGGGGAACAGGAGCACCGCAUCAAUAUGAAGUGUAUUGAACCCUACCAAAAAGUCAUCUCCCAUGGAGGCUACUACGGAAAUGGUGCGAAUGCCAUUAUUGUGUUUGCUGCUUGCUUCCUUCCGGACAGCGAUAGUGAGGACUACCAUGAGAUAAUGGAGAACCUCUUUCUGUAUGUGAUCAGCACGUUGGAGCUGAUGGUAGCGGAGGACUACAUGAUCGUCUACCUGAAUGGGGCCACUCCUCACAGGAGGACGCCUGGCCUCGGCUGGCUGAAGAGGUGCUACCAGAUGAUCGACAGGAGGCUCCGAAAGAACCUGAAAUCCUUUAUUAUUGUUCAUCCUUCAUGGUUUAUCAGGACUAUCCUAGCCAUCACCAGACCUUUUAUCAGUUCAAAGUUCAGCAGUAAGAUUAAGUAUGUGAACAGCUUAGCAGAGCUGGAAGAGCUCAUCCCUAUGGAAUAUGUCCAUAUUCCUGAAUGCAUCAUCAAAACAUGUCGAGAUGGGAGGGUGGGCAGUGGGCACGAGGAUCGAAAAGCUGCACAGAGGAUGCAAAAAAAGAGGUUGGAGGUUGAAGGACUCGACGAGGAGCUACAGGAAGCUGGAGAGAACUCAAAAAUCAACAGUUUUCUCCAGGGACCUGAUGUGCCACAACCUAUAGCUCAACCCAGUGCAAGCAGCUCCUAAACCGAGGACACAAUGAAGGAAUGCAUGGCCAGUGUGCGUGCGUGUGUGUGUGUGUAUAUAAUAAGAGAUAACGUGAAUAUUCGAAAGCUGGAUUCUACACACUCAAUAUCCACUGCCCAAACACACUUCCUCACCCACAUCAGCUCAUUAGACAGCUCGUUAGAACGUACUACUGUUCUCAUGAAUCGGUUUCCAGCAUAGACCAGUUACAGCCAAGCAUCAUCUCUCAGAUGGACCACAGAUUUCAGAAAUCACUCUUAUUUUACUUUACAUCUUCUCGCAAUAUGCCUUUCUUUUAUCUUCUUUUCGAUAUGCAUGGGAAGCAAUAAUAUCAUGUUGGACAUCUCACUUCAUACAUAUUAUACGAUGUCAUACGAUAGCGUUUAUAGAAUAAGAACAACACCUCGUCUUCAGUAUCUUCACUCAGUUUUGCUUUGAAAUCAUGAACAUUGGAAUUUUUAAUUUUUUAAUUUUUUUUUUUUUUUUUAGCAAAAAUGCUUAAAUAGUCUUUUACCUCUUUGUAGAUAUUGAUGUUAUGAACUGCAAAAAAGAUCAUUACGAAUACAAUGAGGUUACAUAUCAGCACUUGUUAAGCCUCACCAGCAAACUUUUAUUUCUAACCUCAGGGGUGGACAAAUCAUACACUUAUCAACUAGCAGACCAGACACCAGACAAUUAAGUUCUAGUGACCUGCGCAGUCUUAUGUUUUCAGGAAUGUUUAUCCAGAAAUCUAACUGGCCAGGCUAAUAAAAAAUGUUAGCUAAAACGUAUGGCAAGUUAGUUAGUUAGCUAAGUGUAGUAAUACAGAAUAAGGGCAGAAACAAUCUACAUGAACGCAUACACUUUGCAAUGCAAGCUCAAGCUGCGUUCUGAGCGUUGCAGCAAGGGGGCGCUAUAAUCACCUAAUGGCGGAGGUUAGUUUCUACCUGUCAGCUGUCAUAGCAGACGAGCAGUUUGAGUCUCUUGGAGAGCUGGUUAGUUCAUAUAAACAAAUACGAUAUGGAAAAAUGGAAAGAAAAAAAAAGAAUGAAAGUACAUUCUAAUCGAACAGCAAGUUGAAAAUGGAAACGACUUUGGGACAGAUUUGUCCGAGUCACGAAAACGAUGGAAGGAUGUCCAUAUCUGUACUGCUGUGUCCAGCUUUCAUGAGAAACAUUAUAUAUAUGAUACGGCAUCGCUUCUGCACGCCAAUUGAAUUGAAAAUGCCUGACAAGAUAUUGCGAGUUCUGACAAAGUAGUCAUCAAGAGAGAAUGGAAACAACUUCGGGACUUCUUGUAAAAGACGAAAGGAUGUCCAUAGCUGAAACCUUGCGAGUAGCUAUGGGUAUAUAUGUCUGUACAUUUUAAUGAUUCAGUAAACGUGACCAUACACAACAGGAGUGUGUGUUAGUAAAGAUUUGGAUGGGCGUUGUCAUUUGUGUUCGCAUAGAUAUAGAUAAGUAGUGUUUGUUCUGGCCCUAAAAUGGACACGAAUAAGUGUAUGAUUAUUAUCCUCGUCUAACAAUGUAUUCAAUGUUGUGUUUUUGAAAUCGACAGAAACUCAGCAAGUUGUUGGACGACAUGGUUUUAGCUAUGCAAUGUCCUUGCGGUGCAGAUAAAAAUAUUAUAGGAGUCUGGCUAGUUUCAAAACAUUUUUCUCUCAAUAUGCUUAACCGUGUUUUGUUAAGCACAAAGGCUUUGCUCUGCACUUUAUUGUGCUCACUUGUAACAGUGUUUCUGAUUCUGAGAAAAAAAAGUUGUCAUCCGUGUAUGCUUGUUAAUCCGCUUAGUAAUAAACGUUCUACCUUAAGCUAGAUUGGGUGAUGGCUGAUGUGUGUAGUGCAGCAGGUCGGUGGGAUUCAGAGUGAGUAGCUUGUUUAAACACAUAGAUACACCAAAUGAAAGGUUUUGUUUCGCCAAAGUAAAUAAGAAAUGUUUUUUUGUUUUUUUUUUCCUUUUGCUACUUAUUAAACCUACUUGUCCAAUGAGGAACUAUAAAGGAAAACUGAAUAACCUGGAUAUGGAAUUUGCUUGUCCAAGGUGUCCAGGUUACUGAUUUGUCCACCCCUGUAACCUCGUCUUCUGCCUGUAGUGUUUAAUCUUAAAAAAAAAAAAAAAAACCCAGCCAAAAUGCAAAAGUGAUUUCUUGAAAACCUCAAUGUCUGUGUGUGUGUGUUCAGUCGCAGUGUUUGCUACGUGGAAUAUAUUGUAUACAACAAUCAAAUUAGUGGAGUAAAUCCAGACAGCAUGCAGAUUCAGAUUCCUAACACGUCUAUGGAAUCGAUGUAGCUCCUGUGUCUACGUACUGUAUGAACACCUCGUUGUACGUGAGUGUGAAUGUGUGCGAGUUUGCUGUAGGUGUGAUUGUGUUUCGGUUGUGAGUUUGUGUGCUGUUAGGUCUCUCAGGUUGCUGUAAACAGGAAAUGACCUCAUAGGUGGAUUAAAGACAAUGCAACUGCAGAGCACAAUAUCUACAUUUUUGUGGUGUGUGUGUGUGCGCGCGGGUGUGUGUGCGGGUGUAGGCAUGUCAGUGCAUGCCUCAUAGUUGUUAAUAUAUUUACAAAAUGUGGUCAUAUGGAAUAAAGCUAAACAAUUUAUUGGAUAGAACCAGAGGCCUUGUAAAAUAAUACUGACGACAUCAAUAAAUUUACCUCUAAUCUAA